CCCCCUCGCUUCUCUGUUGCUUCCUUAUUUUCCCUGCGAGAGGCGGGGGGGAGCCCUCUGGAGCGAUGCGGAGGCAGCCAGGCCCCGCCCGCCGCCACCACGGUUGCAGCCGGAGGAUUCCUGUCCUAAUAUGGAGCUGGGAUUCCCCCGGCCCCGCCCCCGCCCCCGGCCCGCGGGAAGACAGAGGCUUGCAGUCGGGCGGGGGGAACUGCUCGCUUUAGGGGCUGGCAAUGGGGGUGGGGGAGGGAUACCUAGGUGCAGACUCAGAUUCUUACCAUGCCCUGGGACCCUGCCUCAGUUUCUCCCGUCAGUGGCUGAGGUUAAUUAGUUGACAGGGAAAGAAAGAGUCACUGCAGACUGCAGCGUGGGUGUUGGUGUUUCUAUUCUUGCCUGUGGGAAAAUAGAACCAAGGCCAAAUUCAGCUGGCCCCUCUCCCUCAGGACCCCCUUUCCACCCCAUCCUAGGGACUUAGACCCCCGGGAACUCCCCCUGCUAAAUCGCCAACGCCUAGGUUUGGAAAGAGGGGGAAGAGAUUUGUUCUUUGAAAGUGACUAAGGGAAUCCCAGGUUGAGUAAUCCCUAGAGAGAAAUCCCGGCUGUGACCUAUCGCGCAGAGGCCAAGGAAGUUCCUUCUCCACUCCCCCCUCCCGUGUGAACGUGACCUUUGUCUGGCAAAUAGCGAAGGGGAAUUUGUGAACGACCCUGCCCCUCCCCAUUCCCUUAUCUCCUUAGAAAAAUCGAUGUCGGAACCAGUCCCUCCCUGCCCUCUACAGACUCUCCUGCCAGGGGCUUCAGACCGCCUCAACCCUUGCCCUCAGCUGAACACAUUCGGACGCCUAGGUCCCUGGACCCCCUUUUAGGCUUUCCUAACCCGGCGCCUGCCUCUCGGCUCAGCUGCAGCCAGCCGCGGCCCCCUCCGCAGCCUCCGUUCUCCCUCCCUCCCUCUGGCUCCCCCUCCCGCUCUCGUUCUACGUCAUGCGAUGACGUCGGAAGCCAGGGAGGGAGGAGGAGCUCCCCCCUCCCCAGCCAGUGGCUCCCGCUGCAGCUUGCUUAGCCCAGCCUCCCGCUUUCCCGCCCCCCCUUUCUCCAAAGCGAGCCCCCCACGCCUGGCAGGAGCUAUAUAAGGCUGAACGAGGCAGGCGAGGGGGGCAGCGCAGCCGAGCGGAGCCCAGGAGAGGAGACAGAGAGCGAGCCUGAGCGAGAGACGGGAAAGCAAGGAGGAGGAAGCCACCGGCGCGUCGGGACGGGAACGCAGGUGUUCGGAGCGCCCGAGCUGGAGCUCCGAAGCCGCUAGUCAUGUACCGCUCCACCAAGGGCGCCUCCAAGGCGCGCCGCGACCAGAUCAACGCUGAGAUCCGGAACCUCAAGGACCUGCUGCCGCUGGCCGAAGCGGACAAGGUCCGGCUGUCCUACCUGCACAUUAUGAGUCUUGCCUGCAUCUACACUCGCAAGGGCGUCUUCUUCGCUGGAGGCACUCCUCUGGCGGGCCCCACAGGGCUUCUCUCAGCUCAAGAGCUUGAAGACAUAGUGGCGGCACUACCUGGCUUUCUGCUGGUGUUCACAGCUGAGGGGAAGCUGCUAUAUCUGUCUGAGAGUGUGAGCGAGCAUCUGGGCCACUCCAUGGUGGACCUAGUUGCCCAGGGUGACAGUAUCUAUGACAUCAUUGACCCAGCUGACCACCUUACUGUGCGCCAGCAACUUACUCUGCCCUCUGCCCUGGACUCUGAUCGCCUCUUCCGCUGUCGCUUCAACACUUCCAAGUCCCUCAGGCGCCAGAGUGCAGGCAACAAACUGGUGCUUAUUCGAGGCCGAUUCCAUGCUCACCCACCUGGGGCCUACUGGGCAGGAAACCCUGUGUUCACAGCUUUCUGUGCCCCACUGGAGCCAAGACCACGCCCUGGCCCUGGCCCUGGCCUUGGCCCUGCCUCACUCUUCCUGGCCAUGUUUCAGAGCCAUCAUGCUAAGGAUUUGGCCCUACUGGACAUCUCUGAAAGUGUCCUAAUCUACCUGGGCUUUGAGCGCAGUGAACUGCUCUGUAAAUCAUGGUAUGGACUGCUGCACCCUGAGGACUUGAGCCACGCUUCUGCUCAACACUACCGCCUGUUGUCUGAGAGUGGAGAUAUUCAGGCAGAAAUGGUGGUGAGACUGCAGGCCAAGCCUGGAGGCUGGGCAUGGAUUUAUUGCCUGUUAUACUCAGAAGGUCCGGAGGGCCCCAUUACUGCCAAUAAUUACCCAAUCAGUGACACGGAAGCCUGGAGCCUCCGCCAGCAGCUGAACUCUGAAGACACCCAGGCAGCCUAUGUCCUGGGCACCCCCACCAUGCUGCCCUCAUUCCCUGAGAACAUCCUCUCCCAGGAGCAGUGCUCCAGCUCUAACCUACUCUUCACCCCAGCCCUGGGGGCUCCCAGAAGCACCAAUUUCCCCAGUGCUCCUGAGCUGGGUGCUGUCUCAACAUCAGAAGAACUUCCUCGACCCCCCAAAGAGCUGGGCUUCAGUUACAUGACAUUCCCAUCUGGCCCCGAGCCUUCUCUUCAAGCAGACCUGAGCAAGGAUCUUGUGUGUACUCCACCCUACACGCCCCACCAGCCGGGAGGCUGUGCCUUCCUCUUCAGCCUCCAUGAACCCUUCCAGAGCCACUUGCCCACUCCAUCCAGCUCUCUCCAAGAACAGAUGACUCCAAGCACUACGACCUUCUCUGAUCAAUUGACGCCCAGCAGUGCAACCUUCCCAGAUCCACUGACUAACCCACUACAAGGCCAGCUAAGUGAAACCUCAGCCAGAAGCUAUGAAGAUCAGCUGGAUCCCUGCACUUCCACCUUCCCAGACCAGCUGCUUCCCAGCGCUGCCACCUUCCCAGAGCCUCUGGGGAGCCCUGCCCAUGAGCAGCUGACUCCUCCUAGCACAGCAUUCCGAGCACACCUGAACAGCCCCAGCCAAACUUUCCCAGAGCAACUGAGCCCCAGUCACACCAAGACUUACUUCGCCCAGGAGGGAUGCAGUUUUCUCUAUGAGAAGUUGCCCCCAAGUCCUAGCAGCCCUGGUAAUGGGGACUGCACACUCCUGGCCCUAGCCCAGCUCCGGGGCCCCCUCUCUGUGGACGUCCCCCUGGUGCCUGAAGGCCUACUUACACCUGAAGCCUCUCCAGUCAAGCAGAGUUUCUUCCACUACUCUGAGAAGGAGCAGAAUGAGAUAGACCGUCUCAUCCAGCAGAUCAGCCAGUUGGCUCAGGGCGUGGACAGGCCCUUCUCAGCUGAGGCUGGCACGGGCGGGCUGGAGCCGCUUGGGGGGCUGGAGCCCCUGGACUCCAACCUGUCCCUGUCGGGGGCUGGUCCCCCUGUGCUCAGCCUGGACCUGAAACCCUGGAAAUGCCAGGAGCUAGAUUUCCUGGCUGACCCUGAUAACAUAUUCCUGGAAGAGACGCCCGUGGAAGACAUCUUCAUGGAUCUCUCUACUCCAGACCCCAAUGGGGAAUGGAGUUCAGGGGAUCCUGAGGCAGCGGUCCCAGGAGGGGCCCCAUCGCCUUGCAACAACCUGUCCCCAGAAGACCACAGCUUCCUGGAGGACCUGGCCACAUAUGAAACCGCCUUUGAGACAGGUGUCUCAGCAUUCCCCUAUGAUGGGUUUCCUGAUGAGUUGCAUCAACUCCAGAGCCAAGUUCAAGACAGCUUCCAUGAAGAUGGAAGUGGAGGGGAACCAACGUUUUGAAUAAGUCUGUGACUUAACGUCGUCAAGUAUGGCAUAUUGUCAUCAAGACGUGGAGCCGCUCUCCACCCCCCCGGGACUGUUGGGGGGAUUCUGGGGGCCAG